UGGUAUUUUAGUCUAAAAAUGAGCAUGACAAGAAGUAUGCCGGCUAUUCCACUAGUCGAUCCCAAUACAUAUGGGAAGAAGAUCAUCUCACCCAUUUUCGGAAAUGCUAAGAUUAGGAAGGCAAGAAAUAAGAAUCCAGACGAACUCAGAUUUCAACUAGCGAAGACACAUCAGAGCUCAUCAAUACCGGUCAUUAAGGGCGUUUCUAAAAGAGGAGAGCAAUAUCCCCAUCAGACAAUUAAUUCAUUCAAGCCGAAUCGUCGUUCAAUGACCAACGAGCUUUCAAAGGAGGAAGAAUUUAAGAUCAACUUUGAUGUCUACAAUAUAAAAAGACUCCAUCAGCCAAAGCUGUUCUCAAGUUCCAAAUAAGCUACAGAAGAUGAAUGAAUUCCAAAGGACGAAUUAUGUUGGCUUCCAUGCUUCCACUAAAGAGAUGCUUGACAAGAACCUGGUAGUUACCAAUGCCCCUAUUCCCAGAAAAAAUAAUGGAGAUAAGUACAUCAACCGCAAGCUUCAAGAAGCUCUUCUGACCGGCACAAGAAUCUCCGAUCCGGAUUCUAAGGUCGUAGAGCGACAGAUCCGCCAGAUAAAAUCCCUUGUUAAGAGCCGAAAGAAGGUUCAUGAAGAAGAUAAUGAUUAUUUACAGAACAAGGAUCAGUUCCCUAGAAGAUUUACCUCAAAACCCUUCAUGCACUAUGGCUUCAGUGCCAAGAAAGCUUCUCAAAAGAAGAAGGAGAUUAAUGACUUAAUCAAGAAGAAUGAUAACAAAAUGAAGGUGUACAUUGCUCUCCUUCAGAAGCAGAAGAGAAGUAAGAAGCCUACUAUAGGAUCUAUCGAGAACCAUCAUAGUCCUCACAGGAUCUUCUUGGAGGACGCUCAGAAAUCUCUUGAUAUAAGUGAAGACUUUCAUAAGCUGAAUAUUGCCACUAAGCCUAUUGAGUCAAGUUCUGGUGUUGACAUCCGUAACCUGAAUACCUACAGCUCACAGCCUAAUUUCGAGACUUUACCGAACUUGAAGAAGGAAGUAGCAGACCAAAGUCUUGAAGAGAGCACUCUAGGUCCAAAAAGAUUAACUGAUUCUAUCAUAAUGCAGCAAAGCUUAAUGAACGAAGUGUCAAUGAUUAACAAGUCUAUCAUAGAGAAGAACAGUGAGCAUGUUCCGAAGCAGAAGAUCAUCGGAAGUAUCAGAAAAUUUGACGAUAGGUGCAUAAACUAUCAUAAAGCUCAUAAGAGCUUGGUUGACCUCACCGUGGGUUAUUUGAGCAAGUGUAUUAAGGAGAAGAACCCUGAGAAAGACAUUGAAGCUAGAGAGCAACUUAUUGAGCAGAACAUGAAGGAUAUCAACAACCUCCAAAAAGACCAGCUGUUGAAUUACAACAUUGAUCCCUAUUCUGGAGACAACUAAACAUAAGUGCUUAUGUAUCAAGUUAAAAUACACAUAAAUCAAUUAAGUU